AAGACCUUAGCUCUUCUCAAUGAGGUCUUCACUGACCUUUACAUCAUAGAGGGGGAAGGAGCUCAAAAUGAAGCCAUGACAGUUCUGGAUGCAAAGUCCAAAACAGCAAAGGAAGAAACAACUAUCAAAUACUGUGACAUUUUUAAACCUGGCACUGGUAAUCAAAAUGUUAAAACUGUGCUCACCAUUGGAGUGGCAGGUAUAGGAAAAACAUUUGCCUCAAUGAAGUACAUUCUUGACUGGGCAGAGGGCAAAGCAGCAGAACAUAUAUUUUUCAUUUUUCCACUAUCUUUCCGAGAGCUGAAUCUGAGAACAGAGAAAGAACACAGUUUAGAAGAUCUGAUUCAUCAGUUCUAUCCAGCAAUGAAAACCUCUGAAAUAACUGACUAUGACCAAUACAAGAUUCUGAUUGUUCUGGAUGGUUAUGAUGAAUGUCGCCUGGAUCUUGACUUCAGCGAAACAAAUUACUGGGAAGAUGUCAAAACACCAACCUCAGUAAAUGUUCUGCUGUCAAAUCUUAUCCUGGGAAAUCUGCUUCCUAAAGCUCAAGUCUGGAUCACCUCCCGACCUGCAGCAUCGAACAACAUUCCCCCAGAUAAAGUUGAUCGAAUGACUGAGGUGAGAGGAUUUAAUGACGAGCAAAAGGAAAAGUAUUUCAUGAAGAGAUUCAGUGAUGAGGAGAUGGGUAAAAAAAUCCUGUCACAUGUGAAGAAAUCAAGAAGUCUUUACAUAAUGUGUCACAUCCCUGUUUUCUGUUGGAUUACAUCAAGGGUCUUGGAGGACUUCGUUAACAGACAACAAGAUGAAGGACUGCCAAAAACUCUGACAGACAUGUACACACAUUUCCUUCUGCUCCAGCACAGACAGACAAAAGCAAAAUAUGAUGGUCAGUCAAGCUCUGAAACUGAACCAUGCAGGGAUAAAAGCAAUGAUGAAACAAUUCUAUCUUUGGGGAAACUUGCCUUUAAGGGGCUAGAGGAGAAAACCCUUCUCUUCACUGAAGAAGACCUGACCAACUGUGGUAUUGAUGUAACUAAAGCUGCAGUUUUCUCAGGGUUGUUCACUCAGAUCGAACGAGAAGACCACGGCCUGUACCAGCAGAAGUUGUUUUGCUUCGUCCAUCUAAGCGUUCAAGAGUACCUGGCAGCUCUCCAUGUCUUCUACUCAUUUAGUAACAAAGGGGAAAAUGUGUUCAUUGAGCCUUCCUCAGCAACCUCAGAUCUAACUGCCUCAGAUAUCUACAAGAAAGCAGUGGACAAGGCUUUUGAGAAUAAAAAUGGGGACUGGGACAUGUUUCUCCGCUUCCUACUGGGUCUCUCUCUGAAAACCAAUCAGGAUCUUCUUCACGAGCUUUUCAAAAUGACCCAAUAUAAUGAGGACACUAAAAAAGAAACAGCGGAGUACGUAAAAACGAAGAUCAGAGAGAACAACAGUGCCCCAGAAAAAAACAUUAAUCUUUUCUACUGUCUUAAUGAGCUGGAUGACCACUCCCUGGUUCAAGAAAUAAAAACUUAUCUUCAGUCAGAAACAAAACCUUUUGGAAAGUUCUCAAAUUCACAGUGGUCAGCUUUGACUUUUGUGCUGCUGACAUCAGAUGAGAAGCUUGAGGUGUUUGAUCUCAAGAAGUACCUGAAAUCAGAGAAGGUUCUUCUAGGAAUGCUGCCAGUGGUCAGAGUCUCAACAACUACUUUAUCACAGAUGUUCUGCUGGGCUUUAUUAUGGAUCUUUUUACAGGCUGAGCUGGUGUGAGCUUUCUGAAGAAUCUUGCCGACGUCUGACAUCCUCAGUGCUCAGCUAUCCAUCUUCAAAUCUCUCAGAGUUGGACCUGAG